AGCAGCACUGUGACAGAGUUCAUCAUUUUGGGGUUAACAGAAGAUCCUACACUGUGUAUAGUCUUCUUUGUGAUAUUUCUAGGCGUAUAUAUUGUCACGUUAUUAGGCAAUAUCAGCAUAAUCACUUUAAUAAGAAUUUCUUCCCAGCUUCACACUCCCAUGUACCUUUUCCUUAGUCACUUGGCUUUUGUAGAUAUUGUUUGUUCAACAACAGUCUCGGUUAUAAUGCUCAUGGAGCUCCUUGGACAUGGACUGACCAUCCCUGUGGCUGGCUGUGAAGCCCAGCUCUGUAUUACAGUGCUGUUUGGGUCAGCUGAAUGCUUUCUGCUGGCUGCCAUGGCCUAUGACCGCUACGUGGCCAUCUGCUCUCCUCUGCUCUACUCCACCCAGAUGUCUCCCAGAGUCUGUUUUCUAUUAUUGGGAUCUUCCUAUGUGGGCGGUUGCGUGAAUGGUUGGACAUUCACUGGUUGUUUGUUAAAUCUGUCCUUCUGUGGACCAAAUCAGAUAGAUCACUUUUUCUGUGACUUCUCUCCUAUGCUGAAACAUUCUUGCUCAGACAUCUCCAUUAUUGGAAUCAUUCCCUCCAUCUCUUCUGGGUCCAUCCUUGUGAUCACAGUGUUUAUCAUAGUGCUCUCCUACAUCUACAUCCUGGGCACCAUCCUAAAGAUGCGCUCAGCUGAGGGCCGCCACAAGGCCUUCUCCACUUGUACCUCCCAUCUUACAGUGGUCACUCUCUAUUAUGGAACUAUUAGUUUCAUUUAUGUGAUGCCCAAGUCCAGCUACUCCACUGAACAAAACAAGAUAGUGUCCCUGUUCUACACAGUGGUGACUCCCAUGCUGAACCCCCUCAUCUAUAGUCUGAGAAACAGAGAUGUAAAGGAGGCCCUCAAGAAAGCAACUGCUAGAGUAUAUUCAUAA